AUGAGUGGUCAACUGCGAUUGCUUGAUCUCGUCAAGCCCUUUUUGCCCAUUCUUCCAGAAGUUGAGACUCCUCUUAGAAAAGUCACUUACGAUGACAAAAUACUUUGGUCCUUUGGCGCUGGUCUCUGCUACUUUGUCAUGAGCGAGCUUCCUCUUUACGGUAUAUUCUCUUCCGAUUCUUCAGAUCCUUUGUACUGGAUGCGCACCAUCCUUGCUUCUAACCGUGGUACCCUUCUCGAACUUGGUACUACCCCCAUUGUCACUGCUGGCCUUAUCCUCCAAAUUUUUGGUGGUGCCCAGAUCCUUGAUGUUAACUUUGACUUGAAAUCCGAUCGUGAACUUUUCCAGAGUGCUCAAAAGCUCCUUGCAAUCAUUUUGACUACUGCCCAGGCUGUUGCUGUUGUGUUCUCUGGUCUUUACGGCUCUCCCUCUGAUCUCGGCCCUGGUGUUAUUGCUCUCUUGAUUCUCCAGCUUAUCGGCGCUGGUAUCAUUCUCAUUCUUCUUGACGAAGUCCUUGAAAAGGGCUACGGUUUUGGUCCUGGUAUUUCUUUCUUCACUACCCUUCAUGUCUCUCAACAAAUCAUUUGGAACUGCUUCUCUUUCCACUCAAGCGACUAUGGCCGUGGUAAUGAGUACACGGGAUGUGUUGUCGCUCUUUUCCACUAUAUUUGGGUCCGCAAGAGCUUUAGUGGUGCCCUCAUGGAAGCUUUCUUUAGACCUCACCUUCCUAACCUUAUGCAAUUCUAUGCAACCCUUCUCACCUUCCUUGCUACCCUCUAUUUCCUCACCUUCCGUGUCGAAAUCCCAGUCAAGUCGACCAAGGUCCGUGGUUCUGCUACCUCUUACCCUAUCCGUCUUUUUUACACUGGUGCCAUGCCCGUCUAUUUGCUCUCAUCAUUUACUGCAAACAUUUUCUUGACCUCCCAGUCUUUCUUCCACCAGUUCCCCACAAAUCUUCUUGUUCGUCUUUUUGGUACUUGGGAGGCCCGUGAGGGUACAAACCAGCUCGUUGCCGUUUCUGGUCUUGCUUACUACCUUCAGCCACCCUUCACCAUUUCUGAGGCUCUUUGGGACCCCAUUAAGAGUGUCAUUUACUUUGUUUUUGUUGUUUCUGCCUGCUCCAUUUUUGCUAAAACUUGGGCUGAAAUUUCUGGCUCAUCUCCACGCGACGUUGCUAAACAGUUUAAGGCUCAGGGAAUUUCCAUUCUCGGCCACCGUGAAGUCACCGUGCUCAAGGAGCUCAAGCGUAUCAUUCCUGUGGCUGCCUCUGUCGGUGGUGCUGUCAUUGGCUUGCUUGUUGUGUCUUCUGAUCUUUUGGGCUCGUUUGGUAAUGGCACAGCCAUUCUUGUGGCCAUCAGCACUAUCCAAAACUACAUGGAAAUUCUUGCUCAAGAAGGCUUUUCUGCAAGUUCCAUGCAGCAGUACCUGAGAGCGUAA